UGNUCUCUCGGGAUGGAGUGUGACAAGGGCAGUGGGAAAUUUGAGUCCAAAAAUCAUAGUGAAUGCCCUGAAAAUAUUAGUCAUGUGUGUCGACUUCAAAGUGGGUUCGAGUUAUUGGAUGCGGGCGUUUUCAAUGACUCUAAGAUGCUGGAGAUUGAGAAGGGUGCAAAGGAGUUAAGUAUUCCUAUAAUCAGAGCCAAUCGAAAACUAAUUGCUUCUGUUAAUGGUGGGUUACAUAACCCAUCUCAUUUGGUAUUCAAUCCUGAGUGGAGCCAUGAAAAGACACAACUUACAAGCAAAACAUUCAAUUACCCUUCUGUUUCUGGUGUUCAGCGGCCAAAAAGUGAAGAAGAUAUUGCCUUCAUGAGUAUUCUUGAAUUGGGGCAUCUCAUUAAGACAAAACAGAUCACUUCUGAGGAGCUUGUUGGAAUAUUUCUCAAGAGACUAAAGAGGUACAAUCCGGUGCUUGAAUCUGUGGUCACUUUCACUGAAGAAUUGGCAUACAAACAGGCAAAAGAGGCUGAUCAACUGCUUGCCAAAGGCGUAUAUCUAGGUCCCCUUCAUGGUAUUCCAUAUGGAUUGAAGGACAUAAUAGCCGACAUAAUAGCCGUACCCAAAUACAAAACAACUUGGGGUUCAAAAUCAUUCAAAGAUCAAGUUCUCGAAAUUGAAGCCUGGGUUUACAAGAGGUUGAAGUAUGCUGGGGCAGUUCUUGUUGCAAAGCUAGUUACUGGAUCAUUGGCAUAUGAUGAUAUCUGGUUUGGGGGUAGGACUAGGAACCCAUGGAAUAUUGAGGAAUAUUCUACUGGUUCGUCAGCUGGCCCUGCUGCCUGUACCUCAGCAGGUAUGGUUCCAUUUGCAAUUGGUUCAGAAACGGCUGGGUCCAUCACUUAUCCUGCUGCUCGUUGUGGUGUUACCGCAUUGCGCCCAACUUUUGGUACUGUUGGUCGAACCGGUGUAUUGAGCUUGUCCGAUAGCUUGGAUAAGCUUGGCCCUUUCUGUAGAAGUGCUGCUGACUGCACAAUUGUUCUGGAUGCCAUUCGAGGAAAGGAUCCAGAUGAUAUUUCAUCAAGAGACAUUAACUUACUUGAUCCAUUUUCGGUGGACAUAACAAAGCUAACUGUCGGUUAUAUUGACGAUGCUGAAAUGGAGGUUGUCCAUGUGCUUCAAUCAAAGGGUGUUAAUAUGAUUCCAUUCAAAUUGAAUUAUACUGUGGAAUCUGCUCAAGGUAUCUUAAAUUUUACAAUGGAUGUUGAUAUGUUGGCUCACUUCGAUGAGUGGCAGCGCUCUGGGCUUGAUGAUGAGUAUGAAGCUCAAGAUCAAUGGCCUCUUGAACUUCGUCGUGCACGUGUGAUACCUGCAGUGGACUACAUUCAGGCACAACGAGCGCGUGGAAAAUUAAUUCAGGAAGUAAGAGCAAGUUUUAAAGUUGAUGCAUUUGUUGGCAAUGCAACUGAUUGGGAGAGAGUUUGCAUUGGCAAUCUUGUGGGCAUGCCUGUAAUUGUUGUUCCGACUGGAUUUAAGAAAAUAUUGGAUCCGCCCUCAAAUGAUACUCGAAGAAGAACAACCAUCACCACCGGAAUUUAUGCUCCUCCUGAACACGAUCACAUUGCUUUAGCGCUGGCAAUGGCUUUUCAGUCAGUCACUGAUCAUCAUAAACAACGACCACCUAUUGAUGACCUCGGGCCAAAUGACUCAGUCCCUAACCCUCGGGCAAAAGGUCAUACGAGCUUUGAUAUUGAGGCAUAA